AUGUUUGAAGCAUCUUUCGGAGGAGGUUUUCAUGCCGGAAACUCCUUGCAGGAGCUUGGGAAGGAUAACUCGGGAAGCCAUUGCGCACCAUCUUCGUCCGAAUUGGCUCAGACGCGAGCCGAGCUGGCCCGUCUCAAGGCUAUGCUCCGUAGUCAUGGAAUCAGCCAAGAUGUAGAUUAUAUACAGAUAACGCCUGCAGGGCCCUCUGUACAGACGACGCCUUCGGAAGGAUCUCUCUUGCCUGGGAUGACACCCACACAGGCUGCAAGGCAACUUGAUAGUGUAACCCCCGGCACUCCGAUGUAUUUGUCGACCCCGACGUCAGCUGUCAAAAACGCCACCAAGGCCUUUCCGGAGCGUGGCGCUGAUGGAAAGAUCCUGGUUCUUCCUCGCCAGGAGCAGGACUACCCUCUUGCGGCUAAGUUUUGGACUAAACGAAAGUUCGAUCUCUGCAGACGAUCGGACGAUGUCACAGUUCCCGGUGCCACAAAGGGCCGCAAGGGCCCAACACGCCUCAAAUUUGCGAACGAAAACGUCACGAUGCAAUUCGUGAUUGACGCGCACGGCAACGCUAUUGAUGGCGACCGGGCGUCCGCGAUUCGUUCGGAAAUGCGGGCGUGGUUGAGAGGCCGCGAUGAUCUUCCAGACACCUGGAAAGGAGGGGCAUCUGUCGACAUGAAGGCGGCACUCUACAAGCACAUGUAUGAGUGCUUUCCGGAACUACAACUGAGCGAUUUCGACUGGAAGGUAGAGCAGAUCGCUAUUGACGUUUUUUCCCAGCUCGCGGGCAGCCUGCGGCGCAAGACCAGGGCGCUGAAGAAGAAAUCUAGUAGACCAAGUAAAAAGCACAUUUCGCAUGAUAUUCCGUUCGCAAUGGACCUCGACGAGGCACCCUACCAGAUGCGUGCACAGUCGGCAGACGAUCAUCGUCCAGCGUCCCAAGUGGCCAUAGAUGAGAACGUUCGUGAUAGUACCCCUCCUCUUACAGUUGCCAGGGAGACGGUUUCCGGGGCACCCGAAACAUCUGCUAUAUCAUCACAGCACGAGUCCCCAUCCGCAGAGGAUUUCGCCCCCGACCCCAUUGCCGUGGCGAGUAACGACGUCCCGAAUUGUGCUGUCCCCGCCGCUGAGCAGUCUGCCUCCCCCCUCUUGGGGAACGCGAUUGCUGAAGUGUGCGCAACGCUCAAUGCAGCUCGUACUGACAACCAGCCGGGGUUCGACAAUGUGGCAACGGAGGGGCAUGGCGACAUGUCAGAUUCUGCGCCCCGCAACAUCCCCCUCUCUGCCGAAGCCCAUAAGGGCGACAACAAUAUCCACCAGGCGGGCAAGCAUCCUCUCAUGAUUCCAGACCCUCUCGCUAAUAUGUGGACGACCUUGGACACCGAACCCAAUGGCCACUCUGAAUCCCCUUCGCCGUCACCUCGCGCCAGUCCCGGACCCUCGACCAUAGCCAUCAAGGCUUCUAAAAUAGAUCCUCGGACGCGUGUCUGGCCGCCCACACCGUCCAAAACGAAGCCGAAAAUAUGGAAAAUGCGGAACCCUGAGGGCACAGAGUCGGAAUUCGACACGUAUUACAAGGAGAGGAUACCCACUCAAAGCAUGCGGCAUAAAUACAUACGCCUCGAUGGCGAUCUCGAAGGGGCGCGCGGCAAGAAGAGAGUAGGCAAACAUGGGGUGCGCAUAUGUCCCCCCUUGGUUACUUCUGAAGCCUGGGACUCUGGGACUCGCAAGAGAAUACGCAGGCACACAUGGCAUAAUAUGGCUACCGGGCGGCAGGGUGCAGAGGGCGCGAUAGCGGGUGCGCGCGCGGGCGUGGAUGCGCGCGCGCGCGAGGAUGCAGGUUCGGGUGCGGGUUCGGGUGCGGGUUCGGGUGCGGGUGCGCGAUGGGCUUUCUGGGUCUAUAUGUAG